AAACUUCCUACUUUCUUCUGAGCCGUGGGAUCGUAGGUCGAUUUCACGAAUAGCACUAAGAGCAAAAUGGGAAAAUCCAACCCCUACAAGGAUUUUGUGUCUGGCGGAGUCGGUGGCGUGUGUCUGGUAGUCGCCGGACAUCCAUUGGACACCAUCAAGGUCCGCCUACAGACCAUGCCACCCAUAAAACCAGGAGAGACGCCGCUGUAUAAAGGAACCUUUGACUGUGCCAUGCAAACCAUAAGGAAAGAAGGUUUCUUUGGUUUAUACAAAGGAAUGUCCGCCCCUGUCGCUGGGGUCACACCUAUGUUUGCUGUGUGUUUCUUAGGAUUUGGUGUCGGUAAAAAACUACAACAGAAAUCUCCUGACCAGGAUCUCACAUAUCUUCAAUUCUUCAAGGCUGGAAUGUUAGCAGGUGUUUUCACAACAGCAAUCAUGACUCCAGGGGAGAGAAUCAAGUGCCUAUUACAGAUUCAAGCCGAUUCUAAAGUGAAAAAGUACGCCGGACCCAUUGACUGCGCGAAACAGUUGUACAGAGAAGGUGGCAUUAGGAGUAUAUACAGAGGAACAGCGGCGACUCUACUCAGGGAUGUACCAGCCUCAGGGAUGUACUUUAUGACGUAUGAAUGGCUCCAACAUGUAUUGACACCUAAGGGACAUGAUCGAAAUGAACUAAGUGUGAGUCGGACGUUAACUGCCGGUGGAUUUGCUGGGAUGUUCAAUUGGUUGGUCGCGAUACCACCAGAUGUGCUCAAGUCACGACUACAGACAGCCCCGGCAGGAACCUAUCCUAACGGAAUCAGGGAUGUGUUCCGAGAGCUGCUCCGGAAUGAAGGCAUCUUUGCUCUGUACAAAGGUGUCAUUCCUGUGAUGUUAAGGGCAUUCCCAGCAAACGCUGCAUGUUUCCUUGGUUAUGAGGUCACCAUGAAAGCUCUGGAUUGGCUAUUUCCUGAAUGAUGUAGGACUAGACAAUUUUAGGAUCGGAUUUAUUUAAAUAGUUGAGAGACACUUUCCAAUAUACAGAUACUGCCUAUAAUUGAAACAUAUUUGUAUAUAAUGAAUUUUGUUAUGACUGAAAUGAAAUAAAUGUUAUAAACAAA